GUGUUGGUUUUAUUUCCACGCAAUGCUUAAAAAUUCUAGUAUUGUGAUAGUAGAACACGUCCUUAUAAUAGAGAAUUUUACAACUUGAUCAAUAGUUGAUUCUUGCAAUUCGCCACCUUAAAUGGUAAUGUCGUUCGUACCUCCAACAAUAACUCUUUCAGUUUCGAAAAAUGUUUCUCGUUAUUCCCUAACAAGGAUCCCAAGAGCUGUCGGUCAUUCCAAUUCUAAGCGUCGCUUAGUUAUGGUUUCAGGACCUCCUCUUCCAGAAAGGAAAUUGGGGUUCAGUUUUGGCAGUUUUUCAGCACCAAUUGAACUCCAAGUGUUUCUUGACUACUGUUGUCCUUUUUCUAGGAUAGCAUAUUUAAAGUUGGUUGACUCAAUUAUUCCUGCCUUUAACAAUCAGGUUCUGUUUGUAUUUCAGAAUCAAAUUCAACCGUGGCAUCCACAGUCUGCGUUGAUGCAUGAAGCUUCUUUAGCUGUUGGGUUGAUUGCAAAGGAAAAAUUCUUCGAUUAUUCUCGUUUGCUAUUCGAGCAUCAGGAUGAAUUCUUUGACCAAAAUUGUUAUGAUAAGAGUAGAAGGGAAUUGUAUGGAGAUCUAGCAAACUUAGCAAGCAAAAUACAUAUUCCUGAGGAUAAGAUGCUGAAUCUAUUACAUAUACGCGGAACUGGAAAUGAUGGCAAUCAAGUACAAUCGUUAAUGAAAUUCGCUAUCAAGUAUUCGCGUAAGCUUGGAGUUCAUAUUUCACCGACAUAUUUUGUGAAUGGUAUUGAAGACACUGCUGCUGGAAGUGCUUGGAACAAGGAGGAGUGGUUAGAAAGGCUCCGGCCACUUUUGCAACAAGGUCACACCAAGUAGCUUAAAGAGUUGAAGAGAGUUGUUGAAGCUGCAUACAGUUUAUUUCUGUGAUAAUUCUCCGGGUACAUUUGGAAUAUUUAGUUUAAGUAUACUUUAGCAAGUUGGUGUUGAUCAUGUCUAGCCCUGUUGCAUUUAGAUAUC